AUGUAUUUCCAUCAGGUCUCUCUAGGCCUGAUCUGUGCCACUUUGGCGACUGCCUUACCUGGAGCACCACAAAGACAUGGCGAGCGCGCUUGUCGUUUUGCUCAGCAGUAUUCUCAACAGCAAAUUUUGAAAGAUCCUUCCAACUUCAUUCAGGAUGUGUUGUACUGGGAAGGGAGAUUUCACCAAAACGAUGUCUCUUAUAACUCAGAGAACGGUAUGUCUUAUGACGGAACCAACAUUGACUGGACGACCGGAGAAAAAACCGUCAAACAUCCAUUCAGUGCUGCGAGCAAAGAGUCCCUUCAAAUAAUGCUCUAUGCCCAUGCCAUUUCGGGGUCAGCAGACGCAGCUCAAGUUCUCUCUCCAAAUGACCCCUCAUCGGCGCCUGAAAUCGCGGCAUCAAUCAUGGACCUCAAACUGCAGACCUAUCUGAGAUUCAACGAGAGCUAUCCUGGAUUUGGAGGUUUCAUGCCUUGGUUCACCUCCACCUCGCAAGAUUUAACCCCUACGUCGGACUGGAACAAUCGCGUUCCGGGUCUGGACAAUGGUGAGCUGCUGUGGGCCGUGUAUGCUUUCAUUCAGGCUGCCGAAAACACGCCCAGCAAGGCUUACGGCGAGCUCGCUAAGAAAUGGCAGUCUUGGAUGGAUUAUACCAAGACUACGAUAGCCCACAUUUUCUACCAAGGAUCAGGUAAACUUUGCGCUGUCGUGGACAUCAAGGACCAGUCAUUACCGGUCCAUCAUCCUGGUCAGAGCUAUGCUUGUGAGGGAUCUAGCUACCUUGAUGACCCUUUUGAGGGAGAAUUGUUCACGUGGUGGCUCCAAUUCUUCGGGGGUCUGUCUGAUCUCGAAAUCGAGAAUCUUUGGACAUUCAAGAGAGCCAAGCUGGAGAGUGUUGACUAUCACAUGGGCAAGUAUGGCCCCAUUACUGUCCAGAAAGGAUACUGGUUCUCUAGCCAUGAAACUUGGAAAGUAAUGGAGAUGCCCUAUUAUGAUGUUGAUAUUAUUCGUCGUGUUUUCAAGAACGCUGAACGUGUUCGCACUUGCAAUUCAGUCACCACCAAAGUUCCUGGCAUGUUUGCGUCCGUCAAUAAUGUUACCGAUCCAUCCACGGGCGACGUCGUCGGGUAUAUCUCAAAUGCAGGUAUUCCAUCAAUUGCAAACCAGACCGUGCAGGAGCUCGAUGUCAUCACUCCUUACAGCGUCUUCCCGACAGUACUUUUCGACAAGGCCGUGGGAAUGGUAUGGUGGAGAAACAUGGCCAUCGCCAAGAAGAUGCAAAACAUCUAUGGUAGCACAGAGGCUAUUCGUCGUGAUGGGGCCGGGGUUUCGGCUCUGCUCACCUGGGAUAGCAAGAUGACUACUGUCAAUGCGAUCCUUGGCGGAGUUUCGGAUUUGGUCCGUCAGAAGAUGAAGUCUGACAACAUCUACACGGCAUUCGUUGAUCGAAUCGAGGCGGAAUACUCUCGUGUAUUCAAGCACUUGAAGGGAGAACACGUUGCCUUUUGUCUUCCAGGGGGGACCGUUCCCGACACCGGACUUGAUGAUUUCACCACCUGCAACUGA